GGCGCGACGGCUUUUGAGUGCCCACCGGAACACCAGUCAGGUCCGGAAAAACCCUGCUGCUUCUCGGACCUUCAGAAGGUUACAGUAUCCUCGUUUGGAGUGUCGUCUGAAUCAAUCGAUGGAGUUGGAGGGGAGCGUUCGAUCAAUCCCAAGCAAGCCCGAGCGGUGCCUUCAUUCCUCCGAUCGACGAGUGAGUGCUUGUUAGCUGAGGCACUGCAGCUGUGCAGCAGAUCUUAUAUCCAGAACUCCCUCGAGUCGUUCAAGAUCACGUCGAACGGUACUGUAGGUUGAAGAGGAUUGAUGGUGGAUGCAGCAACGACGCGUCAACGCAUGCAAAACAGCGGAGGUGCCCCAAUUAAAACAUCGAAAGCUGGUCCAGGUUCUGGAGGCUUGCAGUGCUAAACCGCCGAUCACUCGUUUCAUGUUGGUGACUACAAAAUCAUCCACCAGUGAUCGCCGAUCGGCACUAGCCACCGGACUCCCCCAACGCAACUCACCUUACCCGGCUCAGCCCGGCAGGGCUGCUCGGCGACAUGAUAGCAAAAGAGCCGCAAGACAGCAAUUAUUACUGGCAGACGCACCACUAUUGCAUGGUAGCUACGGUAGAGGUUUGUAUGCAGGUAAUUUCAAGCCGCGAGCCUCAUGUCGCAUCCCGACGUUCGGAUCCACAAACCGAACAGCGCCGAGACCAGGUCGGCUAGAGGCCCAUCAGGAAUGCGCUCAUAUGCGCUCAUAUAGUGUCUACCCCCCUAUAGAAGGGAUAAGUUAUAUCAGCCUGUCUGGAUCACAGAAAACACUUACUAGUAUCUUGGUUUUCAACGUUCCAGUAUUAGUUAUUGCAACCGCCUAACGUCUCCGGCCCGUCCCGUCGUGCAGUGCAAUGCGCUGCGCACCUUGCGGCUUGCGCUUAUUUCAGUUCGCAACGAUUUCAACGAGCGCAUCGUGGAAGUUGCCGGAUAUAAGUUACUGCCUAAUAGUAGCCAUGAAUGAAGCUCCAGAGUUACAACCA